CUAGCUGGAAUUCGAGCGGGGAAGUGACGCUUUCUUCCAAAGUCUUUCCCCAUCCGUAUCCGCCGGAACACAGAACUUCGCGCAAUUGGAGUCCCUCGAUGUCAGUCAGCAGCAGCUUCGGCACCACCUCUUCUGAGUCUCGUCUUUGCUGCACUUGGCGACCAUAUCGGCCGUCAGGGAGAGAAAUACCAACGGGAUGAGGGGAUCGUAGGCCAUAUAAACACAAAACGUAAAAUGUUUACGAUUUCAUCGACACGUUGAUGUUCAGUUUGCUUUUCGAUUGUCGCAGUUAUGGUCCCAAUCGUAUCCCGUCCGUGUGUUUUAUCCACCACCGUCUCUAGCCUCGGGAAAAUGUACCCGACUAUUCUUGAUUGCAUUUUUUUAGCAAACAAAAGAAGACACUCGAAAAAGCAAUAAAAGAGCACGGCAGAAGGAUCGGUGAGUUUAUCUCUCCGUGUGUUGUGAAUGCGCAUCAUUUAUUUUAUAUUAUGGCCAAUGUUCGAUGGCUUUUAACUAGUUUUUUUUAGUCGGCCCCUUUCUGAUUUUUUAAAGCCGGUUCAACUAAAGCAACCAAGAGAAAUAUAGAGACACUUCAUUGAGUUAUUCAGCACAGACGUAGAUUGAUGAGCUGCAUAUAAUUAAUGCAAUUCAGUAGUUCUAAUAGCAGGUAAAGUGUGGAGAGAAUCAUGAAGAUAUCCAGAAAAAUACCGCUAUUUCCAUGCCUGGAUUGACUGCUAUACCUAUUGAGACGGUCCAGGUGCCCCCACCUCAUGGAGAAGGUUGGCAAGGUGUGGAGCAACCUGAAGAAGGGAUGUCAAUCUCUGCUCCACACAGAUGGUGGUUCUCGCAUUGAAACGCCACCACAGCUUCAAUCGCAAACAGACACAGUAUGCCAGAAUGUGGACAAGGCCCAGGGAGACAGCACACUGGAGGCUGCUAGUCCCUCUAGCAGUGUGGUGACACUCCCUCUAGUGGCAUGGAGGACCAGUGGGAGUGUGACACGUCAGGGCCAUAACUGUGUAGUGGAUGUACCCCAGAUACUAGAGAUCACAGUUGAGCAGGGUACCGAAGAUGCUCUUGCACCUCUGGGAGUCCGCAGAGACUCUUAUUCACGUCAUGCACCUUGGAGUGGAAAGAAGAGACACUCAUGUUCUACUAAGGCUCAGAGUUCUCUGGAGACCACAGAUCGGCGAUCAGGCCGGUCUCGGCGCAGACAUGGGACUAGUAGCAGCCAUGAGGAACUGGAGUCAGGGGCAGCACGCUCCCUACGGCAGCAGAUUCAUGAUACAGUGGGCCUGUGCCUCCCACUGCGCUCAUCCUCUCGGAACAAUCACCUUCCACCACCCAAACGUAAGAUACAAAUCACAGAGCUAAUGCUGGAGACAUGCCCCUUUGCUCCAGGAUCAGACCUUGCCCGAAAAUGGCACCUGAUUAAACAGCACACGUCAUCAGUCACAGUGAUACCAGUGGAUUCAUCCUCAGAUGCUUGCGGUGCUACCUGUUCAUCACCGGAAGAUGAGGAGGAGCGCUUGCGUGAAAGAAGACGACUCAGCAUUGAGGAGGGUGUGGACCCACCUCCAGAUGCCCAAAUCCACACAGUGGAGGCCAUCACAGCCCCCCUAGCUUCCCUUUAUAAGCUGGGACCUAAAUUGGCCCCUGGAAUAGGUGAGGACCUAGGCGAUAGCCGGGGGGCAACUGCAGCUAACUGUGACUCUGAGGACGACGAUACCACCACUCUUUGCCUGCAAGCUCGCAGGCCCAAGCAGCGGCACGCUUCGGCCGAGGGUCUCCUGAGCAGCAAGCAAGCGGGCCCUUGGAAAGUACACACUCAGAUUGACUUCAUCCACUGCUUGGUUCCAGAUCUGCUGCAGAUCACAGCGCUUCCCUGCUACUGGGGUGUGAUGGACCGUUAUGAGGCUGAAGCGCUGCUGGAUGGUCGACCCGAGGGAACCUUUCUGCUGCGAGACUCUGCUCAAGAAGACUAUCUGUUCUCCGUUAGCUUCCGCCGCUAUGGCCGUUCGCUGCAUGCACGCAUUGAGCAGUGGAAUCACAACUUCAGCUUUGAUGUGCACGACCCUUGCGUGUUCCACGCAGCCACCAUCACAGCACUCUUGGAACACUACAAGGACCCUAGCGCUUGCAUGUUCUUUGAGCCGUUGCUCACUGUGCCUCUGCACCGGACCUUCCCAUUUGGCCUGCAAAGCCUAGCUCGAUCAGCCAUUUGCAAUGGGAUCACCUACGAUGGCAUUGGGGCAUUGCCACUGCCCCUUGCUCUGCAGGACUACCUCAGGGAGUAUCACUAUAAGCAGAGGGUGCGCGUACGCUGGCUUGAGAGGGAGCCAGUCAAGGCCAAGUGAGGCAGGGCAGAUACUUCUCAGCUCUCCAAUAGGAGUAAUCCAUUCAGCACUUUGCAGAGGUGGAGGAAUUAAAAAAUGUUUGGUGGGGGAAAGGGGUUAAAUGUUCGGGGUUAUAUAUAUGAAAGGAGGGACCUGAAACUGAACACGAUAUAUAAGCUUCUAACAUUUUUUGUUAUUAAUCUAGCAAACAAAGAAAAUAUAUAUACAGUGGCUCUCCAGUGUGCACAUUUCACUACAGCUUCUGGACUAGGAUGAAGCAGCAGAGGUCUUAGUCUCAUUUUCCCUACUCCCAUGGCUGUGCUCUAGGGGAAAUCUGCAGAUACAGAUAUUUUCAUGCCCCUCCACUCUUUCACGUCUUGACUAUGUGAUUUAUAGCCAUUUCGCUUUAUUUCUGUUGUACCGUUCACCUCCCAACCUGUCCUUAAUUUUCUUCCAUUAAAUUUGCAUUGUUAAAGCUUAUUCAAAGUAAUAAUGUGGACAAAUUCUGAGGGGUGAUGUUGCUUUUUCAGCUUCUUUCACCAUCCUUUGCUUUCAUGGUGCUCUGUCAGUGGUUCCCAUGGUAACAUUCUGUGCUCAUUCCGUGGUCAGAGGAGGAGGCAUUCUAGAGCAGGAAAUAGAAAGGCUUUCGCCCUGCUCAGAGAACAAUACAGAGUAAUCCAUGAAAGAUGGAUUGACCUUAAACUAUGUGUCCAGACAGCUUUUGGGAAUGCGCUGCAGAAGGGCUCUUUGACGUUCUGCUUCCUUGCGCUUCCGGGAAGCGAUAAGGAUGAUGGUGCACAACCUGACGCGGUGUGAUGUGAGAGCGCUUGGUUUUCAAAAAACACAGUUACUCACACUCUGCAUUCUGUUGCUGUCUAUGUUUUGUAAUCAUGAAUUCCUACCACUAAUUGCACAGGGGGGGUAACUAAUUCUGUAUCAUAUUUUUUGUAUUGUUGUGAAUGGUCUAUUAGCACCCUGGAAGUUGGGCGCUGAUUCAGAGCACUUUAACUUAACUGUGCUUAUGUUAGUGGGUGCAGCAGGGGCAAUACAUAAACCUGCUACACUGGGACCAUUGUUGUUAGGCAUAAACACCCUCCUAUACAGGAAUAAACAGUCUAUGCUCACUUUGUCUAACCCACAUUGUUUUAGAGAGGACAGAGUAAAUUUUGAUGUGACCCCAUCAGUGCCAUUGGAUUUGGGUCAAGCUGGCUUGUUUGGCUUGAUUUUGGGAAGAUGUAAUAAUUGAUCUGUAUAUUUAGGUUUACCAGAUUCUUUUUUUUUUUUGGAAAGCAACUAGGAGGAAGGUUCAGGAUUUAAAUAGAGUAUAAUCACAUUAUUGGCCCCUAUGCCAAGACCAGCUUCGUGAUCGCUUUAAAAUCAGCCAUAUCCACACUUGAAAUUCUUGACUAAAUUUGACUUUCAAAUGUCAUAGGUGUUUUGAUGAAUGCUGGAAAAAGGAUAAGACAGAUUUAUAACUUUUGUGCCGUUUGCCCCAUCUGCUUAGUCUCAAAAGAGACCUAGAUCACUUAAGUAGUGUGCCUUCAUACAUCUAAAGCUUUUAGUUCAUCAUAUGGUGCAUUCAGUGGAUGUGUUACUAACAGUGGUCCAACUGGAAAAGACAUGUUUUCCAUUGACUGUUCCUGCCAAUGGCACUGUGAGACAUCCUCUUCAUGGUCUUGGUGCAGAUGUAUGAUGUAUUUUGAGUACUGCUAGAGAUAUGACUAUUGAUUCCCACAUCUUUCUGACUUGUUUUCAGUUGAUGAGAUCAAGUAGAACUGCCAAAUGCUAAGCUCAGGCUCACAACACCUAAACAGCAGUGCAGUACUGUGCAACUAUAACCAGCUUGUGUGGAUGUGUGUGAGUGUGUUGCACUGCCCCUGAACUCCCAGUCAACCAUAAGAGACUUCUGCUGACAUAAAAAGUUUUGUGUUAUCUGCUCCUCCCAGGCAACACUAAUUCACAGUCUAUCCUAAUGCAUUUAAAGUCGUCUUCCUGCACGUUAUCCUGUUGAGUCUUUUUGAUGUCAGGGUCAUCCUGGGAGAAUUCAAAGACACAAGGAGAGAGCUUUGGGGCGAUGCUGACUCAUUACUGUGUGAUUUGAUCUCCCUCACCUCAACUCUUUCUGUAAGGUGUGGGUGAAAUUAGUGCAAUUUAGACAGAUCCUUGGCUUAGAUGGAGGUUGUGAAGCAGGUAUCAGGUUAACAUGGCAUCUGAAAGGGCCAGCUGUCCAGCUUACCGCUCACCUGUAAAAGUGUCAUGCUUGGCUUUGCUCCAGACACUCCUCACUGCACUAACUCAUGAAACUUGAUAUGUACCUACCUAUACCUGUGUGUACAAAUUUUCUUCAGGGGUGGAAUGUUUGCUCAUUCAGAUUGGGGCAGAGAUGGGGUCCUGGUGCCUACCAGUUUUCCCUACUUUUACUAAAGACGAAAUGGAUUAAAAUGGAUAUAUACAGAUUUUAAAAUAUUUUUUAAUAUUAGUAACUGUAAAGAAAUGCAAUAAUGUUCCUGGGCUUAGCUCUAAUGGUGACCCAUGUGAAAGCUGAUGUGAAUUGUCUGAGAGGUCCUUUGAAAUUGUCUUCAGGUUAGGAUCAUUGUGUUCACAUCAUGACAAAAAAUGGAUAUGGUGCAAUGUGUCAUAAAGGUGUGUGAGAGAAACUAUAGAUCAAUGUGACCAAAGGUUUAAGUUUGGUGAAAAAUUGCCAAUUUGAUAGCUUUUAGACACCAUCCUCACAAAAUUGUUUCAAAAAGGUUCCAAGAUAAACAUUUUCAAAGUUUGACUGGGCCUUGUUUUAGACCCUAAAGGUGCUAACUGGCUCACUGUAUGGAUUUAUUAACUUUCAGAAGUGCCUUUUCUUAAAUUUACUCAUCCUUUCCUCAAGUAACCCAACUGUAAUGGUCACCAGUCUAGUUAAUUUGCAUGUUGCAGCAAAUUAAAGCAAACUUCCCUGUUGUAGAAAAUGCAACAUUAGUUUUAUUUUAUUUUUUCAUUCAGGUCUGUAGUUGUGUGCCACAAAAAGUUUAAAAAAAGUUUAAAAUACCACAAAGAACAAGUGUACACAACGCUUUUAAUCCCCUAUAUUUUAUUACCCAAUUUAAUGUCUGGAUUUGCUGUUUAUCUGUUCACCAGAACAAUGUAGUUAAACAUGAUUAUGAAAUAUUUAUAGACCAUCAGGUGUAUGAUUUUAUUGGUCAAAAUAGAUGGAGACUUUCUCACAGAUCACAAAGCAAGAUGAAAAGUCAUGAUUCUCAAAUGUGAUACUAAGGCUUGGACUGGCAGUGAGUGACCUCACAUGAUAUGCGCCUGUCAGAAGCCUUGUUGGAGUAGCUGAAAUGUCUUUUAGAAAAAAAAAAAAAACUGUUAAAAUGUUCUAAAGUCAUUUUGUGUGCAGAGCCUCGCACAGUACCAAAAGGAAGUUUUCUGUUCAAUGUUAUUUGAUACGUUUCUGUACACAAACUAUAGGGAGGUUGUGUUCAGCAAUGUUUAGAUGGAAAUAAAAGACUGACUGGUUGUCUGAAUUGUAUUAAAAUCACAAGCAUCACCAUGGUAACUAUGUUACCGUAAAGCUCUAUAUGCACAUUUGUUUUUGAGAAAGGGGCUGAAGGUGAGGUUUAGGACUGGGUGACGGUGCUUGACAAUGAUUAGACUUGAGAUGACUUUUGCGCCACCCAUGACCUGCCUCUGUAUUUCUGAUUGGACCCUUGGGACUAGCCCCUCAGAACACUUGCUGAAACAUGCACCAUGGAUUAUCUGGAGUGACGUGGUUAUCACUGUCCCUCACCAUCUUAAAUGUUUCAAUUAUUAUUUUAUUUUUAUACACUGCCCAAGGUUUGUAUUGUAUGAUGUAAUUACUCACACUUGAUGUCCUUUCUCUCAUCUUUCCUUCAUUCUCUCUGAUGUACAGUUAAUGGUGCCUACUCCCAGGCUGUUACUAAGUUGCUCUGUUGUAUUAUUAUUAUUUUUUUUUUUUUACUUUGGGUUACAGUUUGCUGUUUUUGGGGGGCAGAGGGUUGCAGAUCUGCUUGCCCCUCUUUCACCAGUAUCUGUCACUCUUGGUGCUCUUGGCUUUUGCUUCAUUGUCUUAAUAUUCAAAAAUAAAAGUGUUGUAUGUGUAA